AUGUUCAACGCCAGCUUAGUGUUCACCUAUCUCUUGGUGUCCCCAAGUGAUUGGCCGAACGUCACAGUAGUGGAUCGUACAUCCACGACCCCGGCGGUGCACAGAGUGAUCGAUGGUCCUCUCUGUACCGCUUGUUCCGUGCUCCUACGCACGAGUGACGAUGUCUUCCCGCUUUGCAGCGAGAAGUACGACGUGGACGAGCAGUGGUUCCCGCGUAAUGACGACGCGGACGAGCAGUGGAUCCCGCACGAAGACGAUGCGGUCAAACAGAGGCUCCCGCACGAAGACGAUGCGGUCAAACAGAGGCUCCCGCGCCCAAACGAAGCGGUCAAACAGAGGUUCCCGAAAGAGCAGAGGUCGAACAGGUGUUCCCACAUGCAACCAUUGUGGUCGAACAGAGGCCCCCACAAGGGCAAGGUGUGGCCGAGCAGGGGCUAG